UUGUUGUCUAAAAUGAAUACUGACUUCUGUCCAAGUUCAUAUUGCUGAUUGUUCUUCUUUAUUCCUGGUCAUACUUUUUUGUUACGAUCUGACUUUUCUCAGCCACGGUAUUUUCUUGUAACCGGAAAAAAAACGUUGGAAAAGUGUCGUGAGCCAUGAAGUCUUUUUUAGUUCCCGUCCUUUUGAUCUCCUUGGUGGCAGGAAGUUCGGCCAUUAAAUGCUUCGUAUGUAAUGGAGACCAAUGUGCUGAUCCUUUCAAUGAAGAUGCAGGACUAAAACAAACAUGUCCAGCAGGCAUCGAACACUGUUUGAAAACCGAAGCCACAGUUAAUGUAUUGCGUUCGUGCGCCGUAGGUGCAUGCGAAGUCCGUUGUGUAAAUGGUGUUUGUUGCUGCAAAGGAGACUCGUGCAACGGAAGUACCGCCGUGUCAGUCAGCUUCGUUGCUAUGGGCGUGGCUAUGCUGGUUGCCCUCAUCUUUUCCAGACAAUAAGAUGGACCAGAGGCAUCACGUGACCAUCGCCAUCGGCUCAUCAGUUCAAAAUUAUCCAAUUUUAAAAUACAAUUCCAGCCCAACAAAAUGUUGAUUUGAAUAAAAAGAGAAAUAUCCAACAAGUAUAACACUGAAGAUUUCAUCAAAAUUGGAUG